ACCACUAUAAAUAUACUGCACACACACACUCACUCUCUCAGGUCACGAUACUUAUCAUCUAGCUAUGGCGACUCGAUUAAACCCUAGCUUUCUCUCUCUAGCUUUUCUCUCUCUUCUCGCGAUCGCCUCUGCCAAGGUCUUCUUCGAGGAACGCUUUGAAGAUGGAUGGGAGGAUAGGUGGGUUAAAUCGGACUGGAAGAAAGAUGAUAACAUGGCAGGGGAGUGGAAUUACACUUCUGGUAAAUGGAAUGGGGACUCUAACGACAAAGGUAUCCAAACUAGUGAAGACUACAGGUUUUAUGCUAUAUCAGCUGAGUUUCCCGAAUUCAGCAACAAAGACCAGACCUUAGUUUUUCAGUUUUUGGUCAAGCAUGAACAAAAGCUUGACUGUGGUGGUGGCUACAUGAAGUUGCUUAGUGGGGAAGUGGAUCAAAAGAAAUUUGGCGGUGAUACCCCAUACAGUAUCAUGUUUGGACCUGAUAUCUGUGGAUAUAGCACCAAGAAAGUACAUGCCAUCCUUACAUACAAUGACACAAAUCACUUGAUUAAGAAGGAUGUUCCUUGUGAAACUGACCAGCUGUCUCAUGUAUAUACCUUCAUCCUUCGUCCUGAUGCUACCUACAGCAUUCUCAUUGAUAAUGUGGAAAAGCAGACUGGAAGUUUGUACUCUGACUGGGAUCUCCUUCCACCAAAGAAAAUUAAGGAUCCCGAGGCGAAAAAGCCUGAAGACUGGGAUGACAAAGAAUUCAUCCCUGAUCCUGAAGAUAAGAAACCAGAGGGUUAUGAUGACAUUCCCAAGGAGAUACAAGAUGCUGAUGCCAAGAAGCCAGAGGACUGGGAUGAUGAGGAAGAUGGUGAGUGGACACCACCAACAGUCCCAAAUCCCGAGUACAAGGGUCCAUGGACACCCAAGAAAAUUAAGAAUCCAGCCUACAAAGGAAAGUGGAAGGCACCUAUGAUUGACAACCCAGACUUUAAGGAUGACCCAGAGAUCUAUGUUUUCCCAAAGCUAAAGUAUGUUGGCAUUGAAUUGUGGCAGGUGAAAUCUGGAACCCUCUUUGACAAUGUCUUGAUCUGUGACGAUGCGGACUAUGCUAAGAAGGUGGCUGAAGAAACAUGGGGCAAGAACAAAGAUGCUGAGAAAGCAGCAUUUGAGGAGGCAGAAAAGAAGAAAGAGGCUGAGGAAUCAAAGGACGAUCCAAUUGAUUCUGAUGCUGAAGAUGAAGGAGAUGCUGAGGAUUCUGAUGAUGGUGAAACAGACAAGGAAGAUCAUGAAGAUGACAACGUUGCUGAAGCGGAUUCUGAACCCAAGGAUGAGCUAUAGCUGUUCAACAGAGCCGUGCUCACUUGACUAUUUGAGAUAGGUGUUUGCUUCGGUGAAGGUGUUUUUAAAUUUAUUUUAGAAAUCGGCCUAGCAUAAGCUUUUCGUGUAGUAAAUGAAACAAUCUGAGGCAGAACUGAAAGACAAACUUAUCUAUUCAUACUUGAUAGACUUGCCCUUGUUCAACUUCUUAUAUUUAACAGUUUGUGAUAGCUUAAUGCUGAUACACCGGAUUUUGAACUUCA